GAGCUAUAUAAGAACUCGUCAGGAGGUUUGAACACUCACUACUUUUCUCUGAAGGACUGUUCUGCUGUUUCUUUUUUCAGCUACUUUUAGUGAAGAUAAUUAUAUAUUUAAAGGUAUUUUCCUAAGGAUAUUUGGCAUCACAUUAGGUCUCUUUUGAACUUUGUUCUGAUUUUUUUUUUUUCUGCUGACCUUCUUUAAUGCUGGAAUUUUCAUGAAGCAUGGCAACAUCUGAAGUUUUACAAAUGCUUUUUUCCAACAACUCAGCAGUGCACAGUUUUGAAGUACCACAGAAUAUUGAUGGCUUCAGUGUGACCAUGGCUGUCCUCUACCUAGUCGUAUGCAUCACAGGACUGGGAGGAAACUUUUUAGUCAUUAUUGCCAUCCUCAAGCUGGAUAAAAUGUCAUCUCCCACAACUGUGUACAUCUUCAACUUGGCUUUGGCAGAUGGAUUGUUUAUGGUGGGGCUCCCAUUUGUGGCAUUCCAAAACUUCCAGAACCAAUGGAUCUUUGGUGAUUUGGCCUGCAAGCUAGUUAUGGUGCUGGAUGGAAUCAACCAGUUCACCAGUGUGUUCUGCCUCACCGUGAUGAGCGUGGACCGCUACAUGGCACUAGUGGACCCUCUUCGCUUUGCACGCUGGAGAACGGCAAAGCGGGCCAAAAUAAUCUCUGCAUUUCUGUGGCUAUUUUCCUUGAUUCCUGUCUUGCCCAUGGCUCUCCACUUUACUGUGCAGUAUGGCCUAUGCAUGGCUGACAUGUUUGUGGGCAAAUGGUGGAUGACUUUCCUCACAUAUACUUUUGUGUUGGGCUUUGUCUUCCCCUUCCUGGUAAUGAUCAUCUUCUACACAACUCUUGUACUGACCCUGAGGAGCUCCAGGCAAUAUGACAGGAGUUCCUCCAACUCAGAGGAGGGCCAGAGGUUGGAGAAGCAGGUUACCAGGAUGGUGGUAGCUGUUGUUGUGGUCUUCGGGAUAUGCUGGUUGCCUUUCUAUGUCUUCAACUUCUGCUCAUUGUAUGGUACAAAUAUGACCCUUGCCUUUGCACGUGGCUUUGAGAUAGCAGUGCUCUUGUCCUAUUCGUGGAGCUGCGCUAACCCAAUCCUGUAUGCAUGUCUAUCAGAGACCUUUAGCAGGUACUUCCGCACUUUACUCUGUCCCUGCAUAUACACCCCUAGGAUGGUCUGCAACAGAGACACAGAGGCCUAUGACCUGAAUUACACAAAUGGGCAGGAUGUAAGUGUGCUAACUUAAUUUCAAAUAUUUAUUUCAGUGUUUUAGAGAAAAUUUAAGUAACAACUGUCAAUGUUCCUUGCAUAAUUUUUAAUUUUGGUAUCAGACUUUCUUUAUAUAUCACAUUUCAUAAUUUACUACCAUCCAGUUGUGGUCGCAUUCAAAUCACAAUGCAAUCAAAUAAAAAUUCAAUAUUAUAAAAGACUGAUAAUGCAAACUACCUGUCUUGUUGGACAACACAUUAAGUUCCAACUGGGACACAAACAGCAGAGUUGGUAGGAUAUUUGCUUUGUUCCUCGCUCUGGGGUGGAAUGUAAUGUCGAUGAUUAUGUUAUCCAUGUGUCACCCAAAUGCGUCUGGCUUCUCAGCCUACUGUGGAAAUUUAGGAUGAUGUCACUGCUGCCAUGCCACUGAACUGGGAAUGAACACUACAAGUUGGAAUGCUUGUUACGACAUUUGAGAUGAAUGAAGAAUGCAAGACAUAAGGAAUCCAUUAAGCAAUGGAUAAUCCGUUAGUAGAUUAGACAUCUUGAAAAACACUCACCUGGUCAUUUUGCUCUGGUAAUGGGUUACUUCGAAUGUUUUGCACAGGGUAUGAUUACAUAAUAGGGAUUCUGCCUUAAUUUUUAUUGCUUGGAAAAUAAACAGUAUUUUCAUUGCAUUUUUCUGUUUUAGUACAUGUUUUGCCUUUCAGUUUAUUUGUCUUUUAUAUGUUAUUUUAUAGCAAAAUGUUUUUAUACUGUGGAAACAGGAUGUAUUAAUGUAAAAAUGUUUUUUGUGUUAUAUACAUCAUGUAGCUCACACAAUUCUGUUCAAUUGCAUCAUAAUAAUGUUAAAUCACACAAUGAAACUGCAAGUAUAAUCAGAUGUAAUCAGAUAUAGCCAAUGUAUUUGUUGUAAUUUUUUUUUUUCAAAUGUGUUAUAUUCAAUACGUUUUGGAAUGCAGUGCUGCAUUCUGUCUUCCACA